AUGGCCGGAGAGCAGAGCGACGGCGGCGACGGCGGGGCCGUACCCGUACAACAAGAGCCAGCCCACCCGAAACCGAUCGUGGCCGUUGCCGAGGAUGCGGGCGCGGGUCCCUCGGACUCGACGACGCAGGCGUCCAAGCUACGGCACCUGUCGCUGUCGGCGCAGACAAUCCACGCCGAUGACUUCCUCAACUCUCAUCAGUCUGUCGCGCCGCCCAUGCACGUCUCGACAACGUUCCGCUACAACCGGGACCCGGACCAGCUCAGGCCGUGGACCAACAUCAACCCCAACAACUCGUACGACUCGCACGUCUACUCGCGAGACACUGCGCCGAACACGACGCGCCUCGAGGCGGUACUCACCUCGAUCCUGGGGGGGCCGUGUCUGACGUACAGCUCGGGGCUGGCGGCGUUCCACGCGCUGGUCGUGUUCCUGAACCCGAAGCGGAUCGCGAUCCGGGGGGGCUACCACGGGUGCCACGGGGUGAUCGCGCUGGUGGCGAAGCUGACGGGGCUAGAGGCGGUGGACCUAGACGCAGCGGAGACGGCGCUGGGGGCGGGCGACGUGAUCCACGUGGAGACGCCAGUGAACCCGACGGGGGAGGCGCGGGACCUGGCGGCGUACGCGGCGACGGCGCGGCGGCUGGGCUGCGUGCUGACGGUGGACGCGACCUUCGCGCCGCCGCCGCUGCUGGAACCGUUCCGCUGGGGCGCCGACGUGGUGAUGCACAGCGGGACCAAGUACUUCGGCGGGCACAGCGACCUGCUGUGCGGGGUGCUGGCGGUGGCGCCGCAGCGGGCGGGGUGGGCGCGCGGGCUGCGCGACGAGCGGCUGGUGCUGGGGUCGGUGAUGGGCAGCUUCGAGGGGUGGCUGGGCCUGCGCAGCCUGCGGACGCUGGAGCUGCGGGUGCGGAAGCAGAGCGCGGACGCGGAGCGGCUGGUGGGGUGGCUGGCGGCGCAGGUCGGGACGGGGAGCGCGGCGGGGCGGGUGGUGGCGCGGGUGCGGCACGCGAGCCUGCAGGCGGCGGCGGACCCGGCGGCGGCGGGGUGGCUGCGGGAGCAGAUGCCGGCCGGGUUCGGGCCGGUGUUCGCGGUGCAGCUGCAGGACGCGGACGAGGCGCGGCGGCUGCCGAGCCGGCUGGAGCUGUUCCAGCACGCGACGAGCCUCGGCGGCGUCGAGAGCCUGGUCGAGUGGCGCGCCAUGACGGACCGCACGGUCGACCGCCGCCUGCUGCGCUUCAGCAUCGGGCUCGAGGGCUUCGACGACCUGCGCGACGACCUCGCGCGCGGCUUCGAGCGGCUGCCGCCUAACCCGCCAGCAUUGUGUCGAGCUUCCGCGCCAGAUAGCGCGUUGCGGCCCCUAAAAUUAGCAGCCUGGGAGCUGCGGCGACGGGCGCGGCGCCGCCGGAUGGCCACGCUGCUGACCGUGCUGCUGCUGCUGGCGGCCGUGGCGCUGCCGUUCUACGUGGUGUACAAGCCGCCGGCGGCGCUGAUCGCGUACUUCGCGCGGCGGUGGCCGGACGUGCUGUGGGAGGUGCGCACGGACCAGAAGAUCGUGGCGCUGACCAUCGACGACGCGCCGUCGGAGCGCACGCAGGAGAUCCUCGGCGUGCUCAACGGCCACGAGGCCACGGCGACCUUCUUCGUCAUCGGCGGCCAGGUGCCCGGCCGCGAGGAGACCCUCGCCGACGUCGUCCGCAGCGGCAGCGAGCUCGGCAACCACGCGAUGCACGACGAGCCCUCCCGCGCCCUCCCCGACGCCGAGCUCGCCGCCCAGAUCGACGCCGUCCGCCGCCACAUCCGCCAGGCGUACCUGACCGCCGCCGCCCCCGCCCGGACGGGAGGCGAGGAAGAGCCCAUCGCCAUGCCCCCCCAGUACUUCCGCCCCGGCUCCGGCUUCUUCAGCGACCGCAUGCGCCGCCUCGUCGACCGCCUCGGGUACCGCCUCGUCCUCGGCAGCGUCUACCCGCACGACCCCCAGAUCGGCUGGGCCUGGCUCAACGCCCGCCACAUCCUGAGCAUGGUCCGGCCCGGCGCCAUCAUCGUCUGCCACGACCGCCGGCCCUGGACCGCGCCCAUGCUGCGCCGCGUCCUGAGGCAGCUCAAGAAGGACGGGUACCGCGUCGUCAGCCUGACGGAGCUGAUCGAGGCCACGCAGCAGGACCGUUGA